UAUCAGAAUCUCAUAUGGGAAAAUCCAGUCAAAGAUGCAACAAAUAAUCCUAGUGUUGGGAUGGAUAACAGUAAUAGCUGGAGUUCCUGAUGCUACUCUCCUCACAAACAGAUCAUUCAGAGGAUUCAAGGUGAUCAGAGCACUGCCUCAACAUAUGGCUGAUGUUGAGAGAAUCAGAGGGAUGAUGAAUCAACCUAUCUAUGAUUUCUGGACAGAAGUAAUCUUAAGUAAACCAGUGGAUAUUAUGGUACCGCCAACCUAUGCAGAAGAAAUAGAGAACAACUUUGUCAAAGAAGGAAUACAAUUUGAGAUCCUUAUUCAGGAUAUUCAGAGGCUGAUAGAGCUAGAAAGGAUACCAGCAAAAUCUGUAAAUGAUGCUUCAGAGGCUCAUAAUAUGACAUGGACAGAAUACCAUGACUUAGAUGUCAUCUAUUCCUUCCUUGACUAUCUUGCGUUGAACUAUAGUUUUGUGACAACAGAAUCAAUUGGAACUUCUUUCGAAGGGGUUGAUAUGAGGGUGGCAAAGGUAUGCAAAGGUGGUUGUGGAAACAAGCCUUCUGUUUGGAUAGACGGAGGAAUCCAUGCCCGGGAAUGGAUUUCUCCUGCUACAGUUACAUGGAUGCUCAGAGAGUUAGUUGAAAAUGAUCAAGAUCAUCCAGACCUUACUGAAGGCCUUGACUGGUAUUUUCUUCCAAGCCACAACCCUGAUGGAUAUGCUUUCUCAAGAACUUCAAAUCGAAUGUGGAGGAAGACAAGGUCUGACCUAAACUCCAGUGAAGGCUGCAUGGGAGUGGAUGCUAACAGAAAUUGGGGAUUUCACUGGGACGAGGGUGGAAGUCGUCAUGACGAGUGCAGUGAUCUCUACUUGGGACCAGCAGCUUUCUCUGAGAUAGAGAAUGUUAAUGUACGCAACUAUGUGAUGAAACGAAAAGGUGACUGGGUGUUUUACAAUACAAUUCACAGUUAUAGCCAACUAGUUCUUCUACCCUGGGGAUAUACAGAGGACCUUCCUGUAGACUAUGAAGAACAAUAUCUAUACUCUGUAAAGGCUGCCCAAGCACUGGCAGAAGUUCAUGGGGAAACCUAUGAGGUUGGAUGUAUACCUUGCAUGCUAUACAUAGCUAGCGGAAACUCGGUAGACUGGGCAUAUGGAGAAGCGGGUAUUAAGUUCUCCAUGAGCAUGGAGCUACGAGAUACUGGGACCAAUGGGUUCCUGCUCCCUCCAGACCAGAUUAUACCAACAGCCGAGGAGGUCUGGGCUUUUCAUCUCACCUUUCUAAGAGAUAUAUUGGAAACCUAUUCAUCAAAAAGUUUCACACCUUUCCUGUAGAGUAAUUAUUUGAUGUAAUAAAAGGUAGUAAAAGA